AAAAAAAAAUUAUGUCAGUAAGCCAGGAUCAUUUUUUGAAAAAUAAAUAAAAAGUAACCUAAAUUUUUGUACAACUAUUCUUAUUUAAAACUAUCUACAUAUAGCAAAUUUAAUUAAAGUUAGAUGUGAUUUGAAAUACGUAAAUCUAAGUUAUAAGAGAAAUAUUUGUGUUUAAAUUAUUUUAAGUAUUCGAUAUUUAAUAACAAUUGUAUAAUUUCAUCGACAUGCCAAUGGCAAACGAUCUUAUUAAAAUCGGUGACUACAUAGUUAUUCAAAAACAAAAUUAUAGAAAAUUGCAUAAAUUAAAUAAGCCUAAUUCCACCAUUAUGUUAGGGCGCGAUAGUAUCAAUCUUACUGGUAUUGCAUGCUGUCCGUAUUACUCAAUUUUUAAAAUGAUAUCUUCUGGAAAUAAAAAGAACAAAGAAUAUAAUUUGGAAUUAACAGAUAUAGCUGUUAAUUUAAAGGACGAAAUCGACGUAAAAAUAUCUGGUAAUGAUAAUAGGAAUAUUGUGGAUGAUGGUCGGUCUCAAAAGUUAACUGCUUCCGAAAUAGAAAAUUUAAAAGUGGAUGCCUAUAGAGCAUCUGAUAUUGUAGAGACAUUAAUAACGAAUUCUAGUACAUUCCAUAAUAAAACAGAGUAUUCACAAGAUAAGUAUUUGAAAAAAAAAGAAAAAAAGUAUUUUGAGUAUAUUCAAAUUUUACGACCAAACUUAAGAAUAAUUGCUGAAAUUAUGUACAAGUUGGAUGCAAAUAAAAUUCAAGGGAUUCGUGUUGAUACAUUGUCACAAGUGAUAUCAUUUGCUAAUGUAUAUUCUGAAGGAGUUCAUUUGCUUUAUGAUUCUGGGUCAAAUGGCCUUAUGGCUGCUGCAUUACUAAGUGCCAUAGGAAGUGGAACCUCUGGGAAACUUGUACAUAUGCAUCCAGGGAACAUGUCACAGAAGCAAGCUUUAUUGGCAAUGAAUUUUGAAGGAGAACAUUUAAAUAGAUGUAUUUCUGUGAAUGUUUAUUCAGUAUUGAGGCAAUUUCACCAAGGAUGCGACACUAAUAAUACAUCAUCAGAGGUCAUAGAAAAUAGUUUAAAAAGAAAAAAUGAUGAAGUAAUAGACCAUAAAGUGAAAAUACCAAGAUUGGAAAAUGAUGUAAUAAGUGAGAUUGUACCUAAUGUAGAUUGUGAUAGUUCUGAGCAAACUCAGCCAGAACCUAAGAAGCCAAAAUGGCAUUUUGAUAAUAUAGCAGCAUCAGAAUUAAUUAGAGAUAAAGUAGAUUCAUUAGUGAUUACUUGCAAGGAGGACCCUCAAAAUAUAUUCAAAGAACUGAUGGAAUUUGUAAAACCUGGACGACCUUUCGUAAUUUAUUACCCAGUAGCAGAACCAUUGCAGCAGUUAUAUUUGACAUUAAGAUCAUACAGUAAUGUGGCUGCUCUUCGACUUAUAAACAAUUGGAUGAGAAACUAUCAGGUAUUACCAGAGAGAACACAUCCAGAAGUAAUGAUGAAUGGAUCUAGUGGAUUUUUAUUAACAGGUUAUAUACUGAAAUAAUAGUCCUGAUUUAAUAAUAUGCUGUACAUUUUAAUAUGUACAUACUAUUGUAUAUUUAUAGAAUAAGAAAUGAAAUAUUAUAGCAGUUUUUUACAAA